CUAAAAAAUACAGGGUCCUCGGUGGAAGGACCUCGUGGAGAGGUAAACAAACGAUGUUGCCUUAAUUAACAUGAAACCAUCGAUUUCUGCUGAAGCUAAUUUACGAGUUGCAGCGUGUAUGUGAUGGCGGAAGAAAAUGAGUUGGAAAAGCGCGCAAUAGAGGAACUCCUCAAGGAGACUGACAGAGCUCGGGUGAGGGCAGAGACCAUGGGCCCUGCAGGAUGGUUGAAAUGCCCACUGCAAAGCACUAACAAGCGCUUCCUCCUCAACACCCUGCGCUCCACCGGCCUGCAGCAGCGCACAGACGAAUCUAGAGCCCCACACUCCACCACAAGAGAGCGCCUGAGAAGCGAAUCCCCGGAAAGACGGCGUCAACGCAGCAGAACACCUCCAAUAUAUCAAAGGAGUAAUGGAGGCAACUCGAAUCAUAAAUAUCAUCACAGGGACUGCCGCCCAAACCAAGAUAAGAGGAGGCUGGACAGAGAUAAGGACAGACACAGAGACGACAGAGUGAGGAAACAUGCCGAUGGACAGACCAGAGACAAAACAGGAAGACACAGAUUCCAUGAAUGAACUAGCACUGUUUAGGGAGGAGUGCUUCUUCUACAGAGACCGGCUAGAGGAGAACAGAGGCAACAAGAAACUGCUCUCUGAUUGGCUACUGCAACCCACAGAGCAGCAGACAGAUAUGGAGGACUUGUGUUGUAGGAGUCUGGAGACUUUAACUUUUCAUUUCUACCUCCAGAGAAUUCAGGUUAACGAUUAGCUUUGAAUUUUUAUGAAUGCUUAGUUGAUCCCCUUAUACUUCCCAUAUGGCCAAGAUAAAAUCAUGUCCAUGGCAGUUUUUUUUUCACUCCAGAUGUGACAGAAUAAAGGAUUAACCAGG